AGUCUUCCCCUGAACUCCUCUCUGCUAGGAUUUGUGUGGAGUUCCCAACCUGCUUGCCCCCUUCCCCAGCUGUGAGUGGGCAGCAAGGAACUUUCUGGAUGUCCACCUGUCCCCACAGACUUUCCUUCCUCUCCCACUGCCUCCUGUGUGGACUCUGUGGUAUGCACCCCCGCUGUUCCCCAGAUAAGAGAGAACACAGCACCAUGUCGCAGUGUUUGCUUAUCUAAGAUCAACACCACAGCUCCGGCCUCCAGGGACAGCAGUAAGCGGAGCCUCCUGUUUCAGCAGGUGUGUGGUCACCACAGCUAGGGGAUUUCUGCUUGAGGGAUUUGGGUGAUCGAAAAACCCGCAAGUCUCUGAGGACCCUUGGAUUUUCUCCACCAUCCCCAUCUUCAGCCCCUCUGUGCCCCAGGGUCCGGUGUGGUCUAAGCGCAGGACUGUGGCAGGGCUGUUGGGGGUGCCUGGUGACCAUUCUCAUCCUGCUGGUGGAGGAGGUGCUUUUUCUGGGAGGUCCUUAGUCCCCACAUCUACUGAAGGGCUCAGUCCAACCCAGCCUGUGCUUCCACUAUCUCUAGAGUUCCCACCAGGGCCUGAUAAAACCCCACUCAAGUCUACCUGCAAAGUCUGGGUGCUCACUUGGAACUUAAUCAAAUGGGGGGUUUUUUACAGUACUGGGGUUCGAACUCCAGGUCUAACAUUUGCUAGGCAUGCUCUCUACUACUUGAGAGUCACAUUUUUGCUUAAGUUAUUUUUCAGACAGCAUCUCAAGUUUUUGUCCAGGUCUGGCUUUGGACCAGAAUCCUACCUCUAGCUCCUGAUCCUCCUCCCUCUGCCUCCCAAGUAGCUGGGAUUACAGAUGCUAAACACAUCUGGCUUAUUUGUUAAGAUGGGGUCUAACUUUUUGCCCCGGCUAGCCUCAAACCUCCAUCUUCCUGAUCUCUGCCUCCUGAGGAGCUAGGAUUACAGGCAUGAGCCACCACACUUGGCUCUUUCCAACACUUUAACUCUGGUUCUGCUUCUCUCCUGUCCAAAAACCUUCAGUGCCCCAACAUAUAUACACACACACACACACACACACACACACACAAAAACACUCUUUGGCCAUCCACAACCCUCUUUAUGAUGCUCACAGCCACCCUUCUCCAAGCCACACAGCCCUCUUCCUGCUGUCCCACACAUGCUGCCCCCACACCUGCUCUUGGCCUUCACUCACCCGCUCUCUGCUGCCUCCUGCAUGGCCCUACCCCAAACCACACACCGACUUCGUGGAGUCCUUCCUGCUGCCCCAACCUGUGACUUCUUCCUCAAAAUGGCUGGCACUUCUGCACAUUUGGCCUCAGGAGCCAGUGCUGGAUGAACAACUUAGAUGAAGCCCAAAACCUGCUAAAGGAAGGUGAGACAAGCUGCCACAUUAAACACCAGGCUGGGCCAGGGGCACAGUUCAGUGGUUGGGUGAUUGCCUAGAAGUGUUCAUUCCCAAAACGGGAAAAAUAAAAAAGAAAACAACAAAGCCAAGCACAGAGCAGCUAUCUUGUACCACCCAGAGGCAUUUCAAAGAAGGGAGCCACUGGUUGAAACCCCCCACACACACCUGCUCCUUGGGAAGGACAGUUUGGAGUGCACACCACAGCCCGUCCCAGCAGCUUCCCCAUCUACAAAGUGGGACUGCCCCACUGUGGGGUUGGAGCAGUUUGGUUCAUAUGUUGUGCAAAGCCAGACCAGACACCAGUGGACUGGAAAGGCCUUGGUACUCUCCUGGUGACACCACCUUCAUCUUACCCAGGAGAGACAGAGAAAGUCAAGGUCACAGCAUAGCAACGCCAGGCCAGACCUGACAGCCACUGUCCUGCCUCACCUACACCAGGGCCAGGCCCACCUGGGCACCUCCCUUCGCCAUUUAAGAGACAGCCGGAACUGAUGCCCCACCAAAGUCAACCCAACAGUCUCUCAGGGCACCUGACCUGCACUGUUGAUUUUCACAUAGAGGACAGGAACAUUUUUAGUUCCCAAGGAAUGUAACUCAGUCCACGGAAACAAGGCUGCCUCUGAGAUGACGUUGCUGGAUUAAAACAAACACCAGGCUCCCUAUAUAAGGACGAGCCAGCCACUGAGCACCACCUCCACCAGGAAUCCCAGGUAAGCACUCUCCACUCUGCAUGUGUGCAUGAGUUGAGUUCACGGGUUUUACUGUAUGACUCCUGGCUCACUCCUCUGGGCCUCAGCAGCCCCAGGGGAUAGUGGGCAACCUAGGACAGUCUGGCUACUCAGAGACUAAGCUUGCCUUAGGAGCUAUCCCAAUCUCCCAAGGCUCCUGAGGGUCCUUCUAGGUCAGCUUCAUCAGGUCUCACUUAAAAACUUGGCACAAGUUCCUCAGGGCAUGAGAGGAACAACACUGGGGUUGACCCCCAAUCUUCCAAUGUGCCAAGUUCUACUGCCAAACAUUCUGUUCACAGUAGUCUGGAAAGUCAGCUUUUCCAUCCUCUCCUGCCCAGGGGAGGGGGGAGAGGGAUUCCUGCCCUACUCAGGUCCUUAUGUCCCCUCCCACUGUCUGCUCAGCUCCUUCCAGAGACUUCUGAGGGACAUCAAGGGGUAACAUAAGGUGCAGAGACCCUCUCUCCCCAGGGCCAUCUGUCCCCACCCGAGACCAUGCUCUCUGCGGGGACCAUCUGCAGCUUGCUGCUCCUCAGUGUGUUCUGGGUGGACUUGGCCAUGGCAGGCUCCAGCUUCCUGAGCCCCAAACAUCAGAAAGUCCAGCAGAGAAAGGACUCCAAGAAGCUACCGGCCAAACUCCAGCCUCGGGCUCUGGAAGGCUGGCUCCGCCCGGAGGACAGAGGGCAGACAGAAGAGGAAGAGGACGAGCUGGAGAUCCGGUUCAAUGCCCCCUUUGACGUUGGCAUCAAGCUGUCAGGAGCUCAGUACCAGCAACAUGGCCGGGCCCUGGGGAAGUUUCUUCAGGACAUACUUUGGGAAGAGGCCAAAGGUGAGUCCAUGCCCAGGUCACGUUAAUCCUUUUUCCACAAAACUCCAAAUAGAAGUUGAGCCUUCUAAGUGAUAACAAGACGUUCUCAUUCCCAACUCCUGCUUCUUGAAGAGCUUAUUUCUUUUUCCCACCUAUCUGCAGGAUACCUGCAGGACAGGGUGCCAGGCUGGGGCUUGUGAGCUCAAAAGGGGCUGAACACAAAGCCUGUGGCUAAAGAGCACUAUGUUCCAAGAACUAGUGUGUUAACCAAACCUCAAUUUCCUUAGCUUUGAAAUGGUGCUAACACCCCUUGUGAGCAUAUAAAAUCAUUACCAAAGCACCUUAACUCUGUAACUCACACAGGGAAUAGAAGCUGCAUUCAGAACAGGAUCCACAACCAGACAGCAGGGGGUUUUUGGUUUGUUUGUUUUUCAUGCUGGGGAUAGAACCCAGCACUUCAUGCAUGCUAGGCAAGCAAUGUACCAUUAAUCUACACCUCCAGCUGCUUGAUUUUGGCUUGAAUUCCCUGAUCUCGUUAAAAAAAAGAUGCCCAACUUGUCCAAUUGAGGAAACAGAAAUAUGUGACUCUGAAGCAUAACAUACAAUCUUUGCAAAGCACCUCCUUCACAAACAUGGCAGCCACGAUCACCCACCCCUUGGGAGGUCGGCAGGGGUAGUGCUUGCCUGUGAUGCAAAUAGGGAAGCCAAACCUCAGAGCUAUAAGGGGACUUGUCUGAGGUCACAAAGUCCACACUCAAAUGCCACCUUCCAAUGCCAAGACCAAUGUUUCCCCUCCCCCAUCACAAUACACCACUUCCGACAUCACCAAUGUGGAAGAAAACCGUGUCUGAUGGUAUCGGCAGGGUGCUGAACUGGAAAUGACUUGAUCUCUUGCCUUUCAGAGGCCCCAGGUGGUAAGUGACCAUCUACAGGACUGGCCCCGCUAUUUUCCUCCCAAGCUUGGAAGCUCUCAUCUGGCUUUAGACUGCUCUGCAACUCCAGUACUACUGUACUAGCUGAAGAAUAAAUGUUCAAACAAAUGUUCAAAAUGGGAAUUAAUUUCACCAAAGUAAAUUCUACAUUUUACUUAAAAAUAAAAAAAAUUUUUAAAAAUGAAAUGAAACAAUCCUUAGCCUAUGGUCAAUGGGAAAAUAAGAAAAGACAUGUAGCAAGGCAGAAAAGCAAGUAAAACCUGCUCAUUCGAGCAGCUCAACUCCCAGAAGAAUCUAUGACUGAAGGUAGGGGAGAAGACACAGCAGAACUUCCACAAGGCAUCAAAAACGAGGAACUCACUAACAACCAGCAAAGAGACUGGAGGUGACCGAGUCAGCAUCCACUCAACUUCUGACACUGGGGUGGUAGACCAGGAUGGGAAUGCCUAAGGGUGAACUUAAGCCAGACAAGUAGGUGCUUUGCAAUGCCUCUCACUGUGCCACAGGGCUGGGUAACUGUCUCCUCUGUCCUUACCCACUAUGGAGAGAUCUAGCAAAGCAGCUGCCCCAUGUGGGCAAGGCUGGCCACCACCUAGGUUACUUUAUUUCCCAAAGUCCAGCUCACAGCUGAGAGGAGCCUUGGCUCCUAAGUCUUGCACAUGAAUUCCAGUUAAGGCACCAGUAUCCCUAGGGGGUUAUCAUCUGUCGUGAACACCUUUGUGAGAAUCUGCAGGGUGAUUUGAGUCUGGGUGAUGAUAGAUGGGACCUGGCAGUAAGGGAAAGGAGAUCCCAAAACUAAGCACUGCCCACUUCCCAGUGUGGACAAGUGAGCACUUAGGAUCAACAUCGAGCACGCCCUCUACAGAGCCAGGUGGAUAAUGGCCAUGCUCAGGAAACCCCACAUGCAGCUCCAGGAGCCAAGCCAGGAUUUCCUCUGCUUGAGCAAAAUCUGGUUGCCCAGCAGCCAAGGCACUAACACUGGUCACAUUUGGUGGCACCCUGAAACCCCAUCCCUGGUGAAGAGCUGUGUGUGGUCCCCACCACCUAGGAACUUGUUAGAAAUGCUGAUUUGGCUCUACUCCAAGCCUCAGCAUCUACAUCUUAACAAAAGCCCCAGGG